GCUGAAUGAUCGUUUCGUCUUGCCACGGAUGAGAUGACCUUGCUUAGUGCCUGAGAAGACUCGUCUUAAGAGUUCCUCAGGGGAGGAUGGACGAAGAUUCCUCAACAGAAGCCAUAUCAAAUUUGGUUGUUGGAAUAUUAUAAUAAUUGAAUAUAUAAUAAUAUCUUGACGUUUCCUUGGGUUGAAUAGGGAAAUCAAAACACGUCUACUCUCAUGCGUCCCAGAAGUGGUUGGAGGGAGGGGCCCUUCGGCUCGGCUCUUUCCGGCUCUUUCCGUCGACGCUGACGCCGGGCCCGUCGCCGCCUCUCCCUCCCAGACUGCUUUAUGUCUGGCAGCAGAGACCAUGCGCGGUCGCCAUAUUAGCGGAGCACCCCUCCCCUCCAGCGCCGUCACAGCACAGAGCCACAGCAGCAGCGGUGCGGGAGCUACAUCCUGAACAACGCUCGCCGCUGGGGCGGACCAGUGAUACAGCAAAACCGACGGCGACAGACGAGGAUCCGGUGGAGUAGAUCACACGCCGUUGACCGACCACGUUAAGUGAACGUAUUCCCUCUGCCCCCCCCCCCCGCCGCCGCCCCCCGCGACUGUGCACCGGACGAAACGUUGCGUGUUUUCCUUCUCUUUUCCCUUGAACGCACCGAGCAGUUAACCCGCCUCGCCACGGUCCUGUGUUUAGCUAGCCGGUGAUGGAGACUGGCUAGCUAGCUAGCUAGCUGACGUGACCACUCUUGUCAGGCUAGCAUCUUGAUACAACGCUAACUCGCUCCGCGGCUCUUCCGCCCCCGCUGCGUGUUUAUUUCAUUUCCGCGCAGCCUCCGGUUACAAAAAAGAAGAAGCUCGAGGACAUGUCAGCGUGUGUCUGACAAGGGGCGCGGACGGACGACAGCGGGAGCUAGCCGGCGAACCGCAAACUGGCAUCAGCUGACGUUAGCUUGCUAGCUGCUGCUCAGCGAUCGGCCACUAGCUUCUCCUGCCUCGUUGUCGCCGGAGAGCACCGAGGCUGCGAACACAAGUUUGUCUGAUAUUGUGAGGACGGAGCCCCCCGACGCUUGGUCCGCGUAUUUAUCUUGGGUCGUCUUGUCUGUUGACCGCAGUUUUUGUCAAGACGGCGCCGUCAACGAAUCGCAAACCUCAUUGCGUACUGUCAGAGACCGACUACCCCACGGAUUCUUUCGAAAUGCAUCAUCCGGAGCCCGCAGGAGACUCUGGCACCGUUAGAAAGAUGGCGCAUCCGGCCGUCUUCCACAGAAGGGGGAGCAACACGGGCAGCGGGAGCGGCUCCACGCUGUCAACACCGGCGAACCCGGUGGUCAACAACAGCCACGUCGCUGCCGAUGAUUAUCAGCCCUCCCUGCUGAUCCAGUGCCAACCUCCUGCUGGUUCGUCCUCCCCGGGUCCCCACCAUCCUCCUCCCCACAGCCUGAAUCUCCCCUCCCAGCCGCAGCCCGCACAGUCGGCCGGAGCUCAGAUGAAAAAGAAGAGUGGAUUCCAGAUCACGAGUGUGACUCCGGCGCAAAUAUCUGUGAGUACCAACAACAGUAUUGCAGAGGACACGGAGAGCUACGAUGACCUGGAUGAGUCCCACACCGAGGAUCUGUCCUCCUCCGAAAUCUUGGACGUGUCCCUCUCCAGAGCUAAUGACAUAGUCGGAGCAGAGAGGAGCUCGUCGGAAGAGACACUGAAUAAUUUCCAUGAGGCAGAGACCCCUGGGGCCGUCUCCCCCAACCAGCCAUCGCACCCCCACGUACUGAGCCAGGCUCAACAGCCCGGUGGGGCCAUGGUGAACGGAACUGCGCACCAUCACCAUCAACACCCUCACCAUCCUAACCAUGCCCAGGUCUACUCUCUGUCCUCUGGCCCCGGGAGCGUCCCGUCUGCCCUCACUUCUGGACCAUCACCUCGUGUCACCCAGACAAUGCCUUCUAACGCGGGGGGCCCUCAAGAGAAUGUUUCCCAGACUGCCCCUCCAAAUAUUGCUGCUCCGCCCGUGGUGGCCUCGGGAGCUGUCCCUGGAAUGCACAGUUCUGUUACAGGCACUACAGUUAGCAUAGUUAAUCCCCAGACCAGCAGCGUUAGUAAUGUGAAUAUGUUGAGCUCUGCCAACGUGCCUGUGAGAGGGGGGGGCGCUAGCAGUAGCAGUGCUGGCGUUCCCCUCAAUGUGAUAAGCGGCAGUGGGGGAAGCGGAGGUGGCGCCGUCGCACCCGCGGGCAACCUUAUGACUGCUGCUAAUAUCAGCAUCAUCCAGCAACACCAAAACAUCGGCUCCAACAUCGCUAUGACUACUACGGCCUCUGCUACUGUUGCUGCUGUUGCCGUCACCACCUCUGGAGGGAUGGGACCCUCCGGUGGGAUCCAGGGAAGAGUUGGAUCUGCUGUGCAGCAGCCUGGGAGUGCAGCCAUGGCCACAGCCUCUGUAUCAUCUGCUCCUGCUCCAGCCCCUGCGGUGGCUGCCACCAGUUCUCGCUUCAGGGUGGUGAAGCUGGACUCUAGCUCUGAGCCUUUCAAGAAGGGCAGAUGGACAUGUACUGAUUUCUAUGACAAGGAGAAACAAGGAGACGUUGCCGGUACCUCUGCGUCUGAUGCUGGGUCUCUCGGCAUGCGUCAGUAUGUCGCUGAGAACUUUGCUGCGCCCUCAGAGAGGGAAAGCACAAGUGGAAGUUCUGUGAGUAGCACUAUGAGUACACUGAGCCAUUAUACUGAUAGUGUCUGCAGUGGAGAGGCUGGGGUGGCCCCAGUGCCCCAAUAUGCCCAGGAUUAUGCCUCCCCUCCGCAGGGCUUUCAAGGAAUUCUCCCCAGCGGCUUAAACAUGGGAGUAUCGCAAGCCCAACCUCACAUGCACGCCCAGGAUAUUACCCAUUCACAUGUGAAGACUACUGGGGCCCCCUCGGCUUCUACGAACUUUCAUCAGUCUGCUCCCAUGCCAGGCCACCAGACCAUUGGACUCUCUACAACUUCUAUAUCCCAGCAGCAGCUCACCUAUGCACAGGCAGUUGCGAGUCAAACUCCGGGCCCUGCACAGGGCCUAGUGGGUGUUCAGCAGCAGAAUAUAGGCUAUGCUCCCCUGCAGCAGCAGCAGCAGCAGCAGCAGCAGCUAGCUGCUGCCCCGCAAACAGCCGCAGUGUACACCCAGUCACAUCAAGGCAUCCCCCAGGCUGCUGCUCCUCAAUCUCUGUCCAACCCAGCUGGAUCAGCACCCUCUGGACCAGCCAGUGGAUCAUGUCAGAUGGUAGGAGGCCCUCAGCAUUCACAGGCACUUCUCCACACACAGCCACAGCAGCCCCCCUCCCUUCAAGCCGCCACCUCCUCUAUGCCCUCUCAUGUUGGUGUAGCAGGUCAUGGCCAGCAGCCCCAAGGCCUCCCUGGCCAUCUGGAUUGUCAGCAGCAGAAGCAACAGUCACUCCCAUCGCAAAUCCAGAACCUGGGCCUGGGUGCUCAGCAGCCCAUUACAGUCCACCAGAGUCAAGUGUCUGCACCAAGUGUGCCUCCCAACCCCCAGAGUGAUCCCCAUGCACAGCCCCAAGCCCACAACACUGGGAGUAGUGGAAGGAUUCCCUCGCAGGUUGUUCCUCACAGCCAACCGUCCUCUGUUAGCUUGUCCCAGGACCACAGCAGUGCCCAGGCCCUCACCCACGCUGCCCAGGCCAGUGCCCUGUAUGCUAGUCUGCCCACCUUCACAACUACUCAGCUGCAGGACGCCCAGCGGCUGCUCCUCCAGCACCAGUCGGCCCUGUUAGGGCUGCCCAAGUUGUCGGGAGUGGAGGCUGGAUCUGGAUCCAGCACUGGCCAGGGUCAAGAAGCUGAGGGCAAUACCACCACCAUCGGUGCCUUAACUGCAUCAGCCGGUCUUAAGACUGUCGAUGGAGACGAGGAUGGCUCGUCGGGGGCCAGCGUCGUGGCCAUCGACAACAAGAUCGAACAAGCAAUGGACCUGGUGAAGAGUCACCUGAUGUACGCCGUGCGCGAGGAGGUCGAGGUCCUGAAGGAGCAGAUCAAGGAGCUGAUCGAGCGCAACUCCCAGCUGGAGCAAGAGAACACCCUGCUGAAGACACUGGCCAGCCCGGAACAGAUGGCCCAGUUCCAGGCCCAGGUUCAGACCGGCUCCCCGCCCGCCCCGCUGACGUCCGCCGCACCGGGACCCCCGAGCGCCAUCACCCUGGCGCAGCCUACCUCGCACAGCUCCGGUCCCUCGGCGUAGCCCGGUGCGCACCGACCACCGAAAGACUGACUUUUGACUGCUCCAGCAGCAGAGCACCUCGCCUUCUCCAGCAGGAGGUUGCGCUGUUAAAGACAAUAAUUUGCACAUAUUUAUCUCUCAGAAGGAUGCAGCUAGCGGGACGCGCGGCAAGGAGGAGGAGGGGGGGCCCAUCUGGAGAUGCUGUUCGAGGGCGUUUGUUUCACAGGAGGAUGAAUAAUCAAACAUUUGCCAAAUAAACCGUGGACACAUCGACUAGAAUGUCUCACCAAUCGAAACAAAACAGCUUACAAGUGGCGACAUUAAACGUAUCUAUUGAAGAAAAAAAAUCACUGUGCCUGUGUUCUGGAUUUUAAGUGAUGUAGGUUUUACUGAUGGUGGAGAUGCAGGAGCUGGAGCUGGAGGACUGUGUUGGUUGUUACCUUUUUUUUUCUUGCUGAAUGAUAAUGUAAAUAUAAGUGGUUCUCUCUCUCUCGAGGCCUAGAAACUAAUAAUGUUACAAGUUGAGAAAUUGGAGGAAGAAGCCUCCUCGGAGUGACAAAUGAAGAAUGUUAGCGAUUGACGAAGUCCCCAUCUGGAAUGGGGGGGGGAGGGGGGCAGGGGGCUAUUUUGAACAACACUUUGGCAGCAACUGAUGACGUUACUUCAAAUGUGGGUUGGCGGGAUGAACAAAAAAAACCUGGUUUCUUAUGGAGAUGAUGAUAUUCUAUUUUCAGUAUUUCACUUUCAAAGCUUCUCAUUUUUGCCCUCUGACAGAGCUCAGUAUUGCUGUUUCCUCGACCCUGCGGCGGCAUGUACUUUAAACCCUUAUUUGACGGGGUCGAGACAUUUGGGCUAAGCUGCAUUUUUCAGUUUUUUUUUCUUUUCCUAAAAAGUUUGAUGGGCAGAAGAUGAUGUAUAUUUCUGUAUAGUGUAAGUAACAUGUAAAAUAGUGAGGAGGCGGAGGAGAGAAAUAACAAGAGGCUAUCUAGGUCGCGCGGACUGAAGCGGACGGGCGAGCGGCGUGCGAGUCCGGCCUCGUCCGCGUAGUCUUAUUUUUAUUGCUGUAUUUUCAGGAUUGUGGAUCAACAGGAGUUUAGGUUAUUUAACCGACAACAAUCAGCCACCAACAACAACGCUGUCCAUAUCUCGUACUGCAACUUUAACUCUGACUGUAAAACCAUUUUCACUUGGCUCUUUUUGUUUCUGGUGUAUUGCCCUUUGUUAUUAUUAUCAUUUUUUUAAGUUUUGACAGUGAAGUACUUCUGGAUGAACAAUAUCUUUGAACUAAACAUUUAAACAAAAAAAAGCAAACUCUGGAGAUGUUCUUUUUUUUCUCAUUCUGUGUAUCAGUUGUAUGCUCAUGUUCCGUGCAUGUUUCUGCAAAUACUGGAUAAGAUAUUGUAACAUACAUACGGCAAUUGCACUUGACAGCUGCACUUCACAACUUUCAAUAAACACGCUUACGGAAGAAUAA